AUGCGUCUGCACUGGGAGUUCUGUACGCCAAGGGUAAGGGGUGUGCAGGGGUAGGGCGGAGGGAUUGCUUAGAACUCGAAGAGAGCACACUUAUUUUAUUACUUUUUUAAUUUCGUGUUUACUUAUUUAUAAAUUAAAUAACUUCUACCAAGUCAGUCACUAUCUAUAAUUGAUAGGAUUUGGUUAAUUCACCAUUUUCAUCGCGGUUUUCCCCCAACAAAGAUGAUCGAUACUGUGAAAGGACAAGAUGGCGUGCCCCUUGCCAUGCAGCUUAAGGUCCUCCUGGAGCAGGAGAGCCGUUAUCAGCCCAAGCUGUCUGGCCUGAGGGUCCUGGAGGCCGCACAUGACAGUGGAUUGAGGAUGACCUCCAGGCUGCGUGACUUUGAGGUCAAGGACUUGCUCUCCCUCACCCGCUUCUUUGGCUUCAGCACAGAGACGUUCUCCCUUGCUGUCAACCUGCUGGAUCGAUUUCUUGCUCUGAUGAAGAUCCAGCCGAAACACCUGUCCUGUGUUGGACUCUGCUGUUUCUAUAUCGCUGUGAAGUCCACAGAGGAAGAGCGGAAUGUUCCGCUGGCUCACGACCUGAUCCGGAUCAGCCAGAACCGCUUCACAGUCUCCGACAUGAUACGGAUGGAGAAGAUAAUCCUGGAGAAGCUCUGCUGGAGAGUUAAGGCUCCUACCGCCAUGAGCUUCCUGAGGCUCUAUCACUCGUACAUCUUGGAACAUCUGGACAUGGAGAUAAGAAAAGCAUUAAACAUGGAAAGGCUGGAGGCACAACUGAAAGCUUGUCACUGUUCCUUUAUCUUCUCAAAAGUGAAGCCCUCUCUGCUAUCACUGGCUACGCUGCUCCUGGAAGUGCAGGAACAAGGCCUACACAGCGCAGCUGGCGAUCUGCAGUGCCUACAGCAGCAUUCCAGUAUUAAAGAUGGAGACCUGGUGUGUGUGAGGGAGCUGGUUGCCAAGUGCCUGACUGAGUAUUCCUCCACCAAGCGCUUUAAACCCAACAACCAGAAGCUGCGAUGGAUCAUUUCAGGCAGGACUGCAAGGCAGCUGAAACACAGCUACUACAAGAUCGCCCAUCUUCCCACCAUCCCAGAAGCUUCCUGUUAGGUUCCUGUCCUGAAGAGUACCCCCUGGACGCAUCCCAGCCCAGAGAGUGGACAGUGCCAUUUUCCCCAUAGCAUUCUCUAUGGAAUCCAUCGUGUGAGACCCACGGGCAGGUCACCCAUCUGUACCCGCUGUGUCCCAUCCGAUCCCAGCACCUCUGAGAUGCUCUCAGCUAGUAAUUUAUUUUUAUUUCCUCAGACCCACCUCGGAUUAAUGCUUGCAUUUGUAUGUUCUCAGUUGAAUCGGUGCCGUGAUCCUCUAGACGGUCUUGGCGCUGGUGAUGGUUCUGAGCAGUGAAGUAUUGUACCACCUAGGUCCUCAGUCCACCAUGUGGAAGAGGAGGGAGAAGGGUUUUGUGAUAUACAAAAUGGAACCAAGAAAUCGGGCCCAAAACCCUUAACUUCCACCCUAGGUAGUGAACUAUCCUAGUGCACACUCUUACCCAAGGUGUUUUUUUUUGUUUUUUUUUGUUUUUUAAACAUGCCGGCUGCAUAAACAUACUAAGUUAUCUCCAGUUUCCAGGAAAUGUAUCCUGGACCUGUGAAAUGAAGUGCAGUGAAAUUAAGAGCUACAGUUGGUUGUCAAUAUGUGUCUUUUCGGACAUUUUGACCGCACUUUAUUGACGUGUCUCUGAAUUUCAGUUGGAUUCUCCUUAACUGACUAUAGAUUGAACUUUAUCUGGAUGUGAAUUUUCCCUAAAUGCAGAAAUAUUUCCUCCAGCCAAACUAAAGGAUGCCAGUAGUACUUCAUAAUGCAUGUGAACACACCCGGUCUUUAAGAGCUCCCUGAAGGGCAAACCGUACGUGUGAUGUUCCAGAGUGCCAGAAUGUGACAAGUUUAUACCUUUCAAUAAAACAUUAUUGAAAUGCA